ACCUACGCUUCCUGCUUUGUGCCGAAAUCCGAAUGGUUCCCUUAUCCAUACCUUCACCUACUCCUUCGCCCCCGCCUUCAUCUUCACUUAGGCCGCCGCUAUUCCCAAGGAGCCGGUCAGCACCUGAGAUUACACCUUCGAGACGCCCCACCGGUCCUGAAGUACGGCCGAGCAGCAUGUCCUCGGCAUUUGAUACUUUCGUGUCCUACCUGCGCAUACCAUUGCUUGCCUCUUCUGGAGUUGCAGCUCUGCUCAGUGGUCUUUUAUAUUUCAAGCAAAAUGAAAUCAUAUAUCCACGCGCUUUCCCACCAGACGCUCGAACAAACGUACCCAGACCCUCACAAUUCGCCAUCACCGACUAUGAAGAGCUGUUUAUCCCGACGCCAGAUGGCGAGUCACUCAGCGCCUUCUUUAUACGCGCCAACAAGCAACAUGCGCGCAACGUGACAGUCCUCAUGUUCCAUGGUAACGCUGGCAACAUUGGCUACCGACUUCCCAUCGCCAAGAUACUCGAGAGCGAAUUGAGAUGUAAUGUUCUCAUGUUACAAUAUCGCGGCUAUGGUCUAUCGUCUGGCAACCCAAACGAAAAAGGUUUGAUGAUUGAUGCGCAGACCGGCCUGGAUUACAUUCGCCAGCGAUAUGAACUUCGAGACACCAAGGUUGUCGUCUAUGGACAAAGUAUUGGAGGCGCAGUUGCAAUAGGUCUGGCCGCUCGCAACCAAAAGGAGGGUGAUAUUGCUGCCAUCAUCUUGGAGAACACCUUCACAUCGAUUAAAAAACUCAUACCAACUGCUUUCCCUCCAGCUCGUUUUCUAACCCCGCUUUGCCACCAGAUUUGGCCGACUGAAGAGACGAUUCCCAAAAUCACAAGGAUACCCAUUUUGUUUCUCAGUGGUCUGAAGGAUGAGAUAAUUCCGCCGUCUCACAUGACGCGGCUGUUCGAUGUCUGCAAAGCGCCCAAAGUAUGGAGAGAAUUGCCGAAUGGCAGUCACAACGACACAGUUGCAGAGCCCCGCUACUUCCAAUACAUCGAGGAAUUCCUGACCGAGUACGUGGCUCGUUGAGAAGUACGAAUACUAGUGGGCGGAUAUAAUUGCCAAGUACGCCAAAGACGCCCUGGACUAUGUACCAUCUCCGCCCGUGGUCUUGGGUAGUAUGAACCAGGGGGGAGGGGGGGAGCCCGAUAGUCGAAAACAAAAGGCCCGAAAGUGGGCGUUCGAUAGGUCACCGGACCUUUUGUAUUGUUGGACUUGUCCUAUUGGUUCACGUUUGGUCGCAGCGAUAUCUGAUAGUACGUGGUAAGUAGACAGCAUGUCCGAAGCACAUGUCACAGGGACGACGUGAGAAGGCUGUCCGCUCCGGAGCUACCGGCGUGUGCUUUUCAGUCUUUCAGGGACUCGAAACGGGAAUAUAUCUCCUGAAGCCAACAAGUGAAGCGGCGUCCACUCAGAGAGGGCGCCAACACGAGCUCCAACAAUGUAGGCUGUAGCUUGUGUGGCAAAGUGGCACAGUGUAGACCGCCAGGCUUGCGUCGCCCUGCAGCAAGUGCAAAUGCACAGAUGUCGAUGCUACGCAUGACUC